UCCCAUUUUUUUCCUCGCAUUCUGGUUUUUUUUUUCUUCUGCAAAGUAAUUGGUCUAACAAAGAAAUGAGCUGGUUCCAACGCCAAAUUCGAUUGCAAAGACGUGGCAAAGGUUGCCAUUUGGUCCAUGACGAAAUUGUAAAACAAGUGCCCGAGAUUCGCGACUACAAGGUCGGCAUGGCCAAUAUUUUCUUACAACAUACAUCUGCCUCAUUGAUGCUCAAUGAGAACUGCGAUCCUGAUGUGCGACGCGAUAUGAAUAUGGCGCUUGAUAAAAUCUGUCCUGAAGAUUUUCCAUAUAUUCAUACCGAUGAAGGCCCAGAUGAUAUGCCUGGUCAUUUGAAAUCCGGCAUUAUCGGUGUUUCGUUGAAUAUUCCCAUUUCAAACGGUCGCCUGGCAACAGGCACAUGGCAAGGCAUCUAUCUUUGUGAGCAUCGCAAUCACGGCGGCGAUAGAAAGGUGGUAGUCACCCUUCAAGGAGAAAAGAAAUAAAUAGAAUAUAAACCGAUGAUUAUUGUUGAUUUUGAUGACAGGGAAAGCAAAACGAUGUAAAAGUACAUCACUGAAUAAAAUGAAAAUUCUAAAAAGCAAAUAAAGAU